CCCAGCCGUUUGAUUUUGUUUGAGUGCAUUUAAAACCGUCCGAUCAAAACUAGAUAUAUUCAAUAAAUAAUUAAUAAAUAGUCAUAAUAAUAAUUGUUUGUGUUUAUUUCCUUGCUGCAUUUUGAUUUGUGCGGUCCAAGUAUGAUAUGAAGUGCAAAAAGAUCCAGUCCCACGGAUAGAGAGAGAAUCUGUAGUGAGGAUUGUGUGGGUUAGCUGCUGCUGCCCACAACACGCACGCACGCGCGCACGCACGCACAAAAUAAAAACAAAAAUAAAAUUUAAAAAAAAAACCAAGGUUAAAAAAAGCGGGUGAGGAAUUAAGGAAAGAAAGAAGAUAAAAAGCAUAUGUAUAAGUAAGAAGAUAAAAAGCAUAAAGAAGGCGCCAUGAUGUUGAGACAGGGAAGAGAGAAUUUGGUGCGGAGCCAUGUCGUCGUCGUCGUCCUCCCUUGUUCCACCUCUUCUCGUCCUAUGCCCCAGCAACGCCGCCACCUCCUCCUCCUCCUCGCGUCUCCCUCCUCUCCUCCCUUCCUCCCUGACAACCCCAGCGGCGACGAUACGAGAAGAAUCCGACCAUGCCAAGUCGCCGAAGCGGCCCACCGCGCUCCUCCGCGCCCGGCUGAGCCGGCUCUGCAAGGAGGGGCGCCUCGACCGCGCCCGCCGCCUCUUCGACUCGAUCCUCCCCGGCGCCGCCGACCCCCCUCCGACCCUGCUCUGGAACACCCUCCUCAUCGGCUACGUCUGCAACUCCCUCCCCGACGACGCCCUCCGCCUCUACGCCCUCAUGAACAUGAACAACUCCUUCCCCCGCUCCGCCUCCGCCUCCGCCUCCGACUCCGACCACUACACCUACUCCUCCGCUCUCAAGGCCUGCGCCCACUCCCGCCGCCUCCGCCUCGGCAGGUCCAUCCACUGCCACCUCAUCCGCCGCUCUUCUGCCCCGCCCAAGAACCCCGUCCUCAACAACUCCCUCCUCAACAUGUACGCCUGCGCCUCCGACCCCGAGCCCGCUCGCCCCGACGUCGUCCGCGCGCUGUUCGACAGAAUGCCCCGCAGAAACGCGGUGUCUUGGAACACUGUCGUUGCGUGGUACGUCAGAUCCUGCCGCCCGAACGACGCCCUGGCGCUGUUCAAGUGCAUGAUCGAGGCGGGUAUUAGGCCUUCUACAGUCAGUUUCGUCAACGUAUUUCCGGCAGUGGCCGCAGCAGAUGGUGUGAUUUGCCACGAUGCACUCUAUGGAUUGCUCAUUAAGCACGGAAAAGAAUAUGCAGAUGACCUGUUUGUCGUGAGUUCUGCGAUAUGUAUGUUCUCUGAGCUCGGGGACAUAAAAUCUGCUCGGCAGGUCUUCGAUCGAGCUGACGAUAAAAACACCGAGGUGUGGAACACAAUGAUAAACGGGCAUGUUCAGAAUGGGCAAUAUGUUGAAGCCAUUGAUCUCUUCCUCCAGAUACUGGGAUCCGAGGCGGUCAAUGCGGAUGGCGUGACUUUCUUGUCUUCCCUAAUGGCAAUCUCUCAGUUACAGGAUGUCAAGCUGGGCCAGCAGGUCCAUGCUUAUUUGAUAAAGGACAAUCUGUCGGCGGUUCCGUUGAUUGUCCGCAAUGCGCUCAUCGUCAUGUACUCGAGGUGCGGUCGUGUUCAAUCUGCCUUUGAUUUGUUUUGUCAAAUGCCGAAGAGAGAUAUUGUAUCUUGGAACACCAUGAUCACUUGUUUCGUGCAGAAUGGUUUUGACUUGGAGGGCAUAUUGCUUGUCUACGAGAUGCAAAAAAAGGGACUCAUUGUUGAUUCUGUCACUUCUACAGCCUUGCUUUCUGCCGCAUCAAAUCUGAGCAGUAUCCGAAUUGGAAAAGAGACACACGGGUAUCUCCUCAGGCAUGGAAUACAGUUUGAAGGAAUGGAAAGUUAUCUCGUUGACAUGUAUGCAAAAUCGGGCUGUGUUGAGACUGCACGACAGCUGUUUGAUGGGAAUUCCCCUCCCAACCGAGACCAAGUCACUUGGAAUGCUAUGAUUGCUGGAUAUACACAAAGCGGACAGACUGAACAGGCUAUCACAGUGUUCCGUGCAAUGCUUGAAGAAGGCUGGGAACCAAAUGCAGUGACUCUCUCACCACUGCUGUCUGCUUGUGAUCCAGUUGGUGGAAUACAAGCUGGUAAACAGAUUCAUGGGUUUGCAAUUCGCCACUAUCUGGAUGAUAAUGUUUUUGUUGGUACAGCUCUCGUGGACAUGUAUUCCAAGUGUGGUGAUAUUUUCGCUGCGGAAAGAGUGUUUGAGGGAAUGCCUGUAAAGAACACAGUCACUUACACGACAAUGUUGUCCGCAUUGGGUCAGCAUGGGCUUGGUGCGAGAGCUUUGUCCCUCUUUCACACGAUGGAAAAGUUGGGGACAAAGCCAGAUGCUGUCACCUUCGUGGCAGUGAUCUCAGCAUGUAGUUACUCUGGGUUGGUCGAUGAUGGUCUUGCUGUAUAUUAUUCGAUGGAGAAAUUUGGGAUCGCGGCCACACCGGAGCAUCACUGUUGUGUUGUGGACUUAAUGGGCAGAGCUGGGAGAGUGGAGGAAGCAUAUGAGUUUGUUAACAGCUUGGGGGAGGAUGGUAAUUUCGUAGGAAUCUGGGGAUCGUUGCUUGCGGCAUGUAAAGUGCAUGGGAAGUUAGAGUUGGGAAAGCUGGUUUCAGAGAGGCUCUUUCAACUUGAGGAAGAAUAUGGGAUUGCAGGCUACCAUGUUCUUCAUUCAAAUUUACAUGCUGUGGAGGGUAAUUGGGACAAUGUUGACAGGGUGAGGAAGGAGAUGAGAGAGAGGGGGUUGAGGAAGGUGCCUGGAUCCAGCUGGAUUUAUGUUGAUAAUGCAGCACACAGAUUUAAUUCUAGGGACCAAAAGCACCCAGAAAAUUUCCAAAUAUACUCGAUGUUGCAAGAGCUAACAUUAGAGAUGAAAUCUUCUGGUUUUAAGACGCUAGAUCCUUGCAUUUUGGAUGGGGUUGCUGAGUUCUGAAUAUCGUAGUAUCUUUCAAGGCUAAACUUUGGCAACUCCCAAGUAUUGGCGGUCAGAAGGAGACACUUAAGUAGAAAAAGGUGAUUGACAAAUCCUUUCCUCCAGGUGUUAACAUUGCUUGUUCUUUGAAGAAGAGGGCCCUAGAAUGUUAAUGCAGAUGUCAUCAGCUGCUAGCGAGUAGAAGAUCAGGCUGUGCGUUGUCACUGCAUUGUCACUGCAAGUAUGAGCAGAAGCAGUUAAAUAAUCGUGCGUCAUGUUUAUUACAAAGCCAGUCAUUUUAACAUCGAUUACCCUGUUUUAUACGCUCUUGCAGCCUAUUUCACUUGACUGGGAGACGCGAAAAUGAAAGCAGGAAAAAGGACCAAAAAAAAGAAAAAGAAAAAGAGGGGAGCCUUCGAAUGUUGCUGUGUUGGCACUUGGCCAAAUACAUGUACAGUAGAAAUGUAUAGAUGCCUAAAAGUUGUUGGCUAUGAAGAUUGUUUCCUGUGACCACUGUUCAGAUAUGCCAAGACAUCAAAUUUGAUCAUUUGAAUCAAUGAGAUGAACUGUAUGCGGUUAACAAAA